AUGAACGUCAACAAUAUGGACUUGCCUGUUGAGGAGAGGGAGGCCGUUGUGAAUGGUGGUGCCGAAGCUCAAGGAAACCCACAGUUGGAGGAGGAGUAUUCACGCGUUGAUCGUGAACAUAAAUCUCUUAAAAUUGCCACGAAACAAGAAAUGGAGGACUUCGAUAAUGGGGGAUACAUGCCCCCCAACAGAAAAAUUAAGGAGCACCCGUUUGUCGUUAAAACGGCGAAAACCAUGAUGGAGUAUAAAAUGAAGGGAAUGGAGCUUGAAAUGAUAGCGUUCAACUCCAUUCGUGCCAUGAUGGCAAAAAUCAGAGAGAUCUCAAAAAAGGAACGAGAGCUUGCGGCAGUUAAAGAGAAAAUGGAACAACAAUUGGCAGCAGUGAAUGUGGAUAUUGAGAAAUGCCAGGAAGUCAUGGACCAAACUUGGGGAAAAGACUAA